ACAUGUAAGUCAGCCGAGUGCCGCCACUGCCGACACUGUCGCCGCCGUUGCUGGCUGUCAACAAUAAAUGUUCUUUAAACUUAGCCUGCGCCGGAUUUCGGGCCACAUUUAGCAUCAGAACGUGUGACGAAGCGGUUGACUGCUGCGCUUUCGACUUUGGUCGCUUGAAUGGUUUUAACGGUUUGUUUUUUUUUUUUUUUUUGUUUUGUUAAGUAACUUACGGCCAAAUUUGACUUAACGUAAAUUAACUUGGCUUUUAAUCUAAGAAUCGUUAAAUAUCAGGCAUACAGCCCGGCGCAUGCUCGGUUGCGAGGUGGAGUGUAGUGCAAUUGCAACUCAUAGCAAGCUUCAUUGAAUCUCUAUUGUUAAUAGUGUUUAAUGAGCUGUAAAUUAAAUUAUAUAGUGCAAGACAAUCAAAGUCAAAAUUCCAAAGCGCAAUUAUCACAGAAAAGAAGAUAAAAAUAAUUUGCUAAUUUAAAAAAUUUGCAACACUUUUUUCAACGGCAGUGCCUCUCGAACUGUGUGAAAAAAUAUUAAUAAUAAUUAAAAAUGUGGCUUUAUUCAGUGGUGUUCACAUUCUUACUUAUAGUUUCGUGUGAAUUGACCGAUUCGAAAUUCUCCUAUGAAAGGGGAAAUUGUGACAUUUUGGUAUCGAGUGCUUUGCGUGAAAUUUUACUCAAUGAAAUGCACGCACAACUGGAUCCUUCGUGGCUUAAAACGAGAAUCAAGUAUUUGCGUUAUGAUCUCUACACACCGCAGAAUCCUUAUAAGGCACAAGUGUUGGUGUCAGGCGAUGGCGUAGUGUUAAGAGAAUCACACUUCAAUGCAAAAUGGCCGGUCAGAAUCUCCAUACACGGUUGGACCGGCAAAAGCACAUCCUGUUCGAAUGCAGCCAUCAAGGAUGCCUACCUCUCCGUGGGUAAUUUUAAUGUAAUCAUAUUUGAUUGGAGUUCCAUAUCAAUGGAUAUUAGCUACGGACGCCUGAGUCGUCAAUUAGUUGAUAUUGCCAGACAAUUGGUAGAAUUCACACAUUUUCUUCACCGCGAAAGUGGCAUUGCCUAUGAAUCCAUAUAUUUGAUAGGCCACAGCGCCGGCGCGCACAUAUCAGGCUUAGCUGGUAAACAAUUACGUCCACAACGCUACGGUGUCAUCUAUGCACUCGACCCAGCCGGUCUGGUGCAGCUGUCACUUGACGAAGAUAAACGUUUGGCACCCACCGAUGCCAUUUACACCGAAUCAAUACACACGGACAUCACAUUGCUGGGCAAUCCGAGUACAAAACUCACACAAGCUUCAUUCUUCGUCAAUUGGGGUCUAGGCCAGCCACACUGUCCGAAUGCAACAGCAGCUGAAUUUGAUUUCGCAUGCGAUCACUUUGCGGCCUUGUAUUACUUUGUGGAAUCAGUGCGACAGCCGAGCGCCUUUGGUGCAACACUGUGCAGACAACGUAGUAGCGAUGGCAGCAGCAGCAGCAGCAGCAGUAUUAGCAAUUUUGAUAUCACAUCAGAGCAAUGGGAUUGCAGCUGUACAAAUGGUGUGCAAACGUUGGGUAAAUGCACUGCGACAGCGUUCAUGGGCGGUGAACCGGCUGCGCCAAAAAAUGGCACCUUCUAUCUUAGUACGCGUGCCAACCAACCACCAUUUGGCUAUGGCGAAACGGUGCGUAAGAGACGUGCAGCGCCUGCGAAUUUCUUAUACAGCAGCUUAGUGAAUAAUAAAUUCUUCAGCAAUAAGAUAUCCAAAUGGCUUUAAUGAACGCAAAAGUGGGCAAUUAAAACAGAGCGGGUGAGAUGGGCGAGGUGCCGAGUGCAAUUUGGUUGCAAGAUAUAUACAUACAUAUAUGUACAUAAAUUUUAGUGUGAAAUAUUAUAUUUAUAUAUGUAUGUACGAGUGCAAUUACAUAUGUGUCUGUUAUACGCGUUUGUUUGUAAGCCAAUUGAGAUAAGGUGUCGCAGCAAAAAUGAAUAAUGAAUUUACCAAUGUGAAGCAAGAAAAAAGGUAAAAAAAUACAAAGCAGCAAAAUCUCUAGAAUGUCUUUAUUUACAUAUAUCAAUAUUAGCUUAAGCGACAGAGAAUGGUAUAAGCAUAAAUGUUACUGAAUUAAAUUGCUUAUUCAUAAUUAAUAAGAAAUUUUAAUUGUUGCUAUUUGUAUGUAUAUGUAUGUAUUUUGAUACAUUUGAAUUUCUGCUUAUUUACACGAGCAUACAGUUAACCUUGAAAUUAUGUUAAAAAAA